CACCCUCAAGGCGGGAGGAGAAACAGAAGCAGCAGCAGCAGCGGCACCAGCAGCAGCAGGAGCAGCGGCAGCAGCAGCAGCAGGGGCAGCAGCAGCAGCAGGGGCAGCAGCAGCAGCAGGGGCAGCAGCAGCGGCAGCAGCAGUCAUGGAAGGCAGCUCUCCCCUCCCUACCCACAGACAGCAGUGCCAGCAGCAGCAGCAGCAGCAGCGUAGGCGCAAGAGAGAGAGAGAGAGAGAAAGAAAGAAAGAAAGAGAGAAGGAAAAGAGGAACACAUCUACCAGAACUGCC